UUGAGAAAUAAGCUAAGAGGGAAUUUUACAAAGUGCCAUCACUGAACUGGUACCCGUCGAGUAAAUGAAUCUUUUUAAUUGAAAUGUGAAAUAAAUCAAUAUAUUUAAUAAAUAAAUAAGCAAAGAUAACAAUCCACUAAUGCUAAACCGUUAAUAGGCUGAAAUCCACUGUUUCUGGCUAAAAUUACCCGUUGGUGUCCAAUCAGAACCAAUCCCAAUCAGAAUCGGAUCCAAUCAGAACGGGUCGUGUUUGUUUUAUGUUAAAAUCAGAGAAUUAACGAACUCCAGCCUCUCGAGGAGUAUCUCGUGCAAGUACUCGAGUGUUGUGGCCAGCGGUGAAGAUAAUGGCAAGGCUCAGGCGCUGAAUAUGGCAGCGGAAAAUUGAAAAAUCGGUGCUCCCAAAAUGCAUCUCUAACAACAACAGAACAACGCAUCUACAACACCAACCAACAACGAAGCAACAACUGCAACAGGGGCAACAGCAACAUCUGACAGAAACCGAGGAAGAAAACGAAUACUUUUUGGAGUUGUUCACUGGCCGGCUGUUUUUUUGUUUAUUUUUUGUGUUGGGUUUUGGAGGGCAGUGGGCUGUAGGCAGUAGGCAGUAGGCGGUAGACGGUAGUCGGAGGAAGAAACAGAAAACAGGACACAACUCAUCAAUAUUCGAAAAAGCAAUUGAGUCGAGGCAUCAAUUCAUCAAUUAUUCAAAAUGACCGAAGACGAAAUUCUCUUUGACGACGUCUACGAGCUGUGCGAGGUCAUUGGCAAAGGUCCUUUCUCCAUCGUGAGGCGAUGCAUACACAGGGAGUCCAAUCAGCAGUUUGCUGUCAAAAUCGUUGAUGUGGCCAAGUUCACAGCGAGUCCGGGACUGAGCACAGCGGAUCUGAAGCGCGAGGCCACAAUAUGUCACAUGUUGAAGCAUCCGCACAUCGUGGAGCUCCUAGAGACCUACAGCUCCGAGGGAAUGCUUUACAUGGUCUUCGAGUUCAUGGAGGGCUCCGACUUGUGCUUCGAGGUUGUGCGCCGGGCUGUCGCAGGAUUCGUCUACAGCGAGGCAGUUGCCUGUCACUAUAUGCGGCAGAUCUUGGAGGCGCUCCGCUACUGCCACGAGAACGAUAUCCUGCACAGGGACGUGCGUCCCGCCUGCGCCCUGCUCGCCACCGUCGACAACUCGGCGCCAGUGAAGCUGGGCGGCUUCGGGUCCGCCAUCCAGCUGCCCGGAACGCGGGAAACCAUAGAAACACACGGACGCGUCGGGUGUCCGCACUACAUGGCGCCGGAGGUGGUCACCAGGCGGCUGUACGGAAAGGGAUGCGACGUGUGGGGCGCCGGAGUGAUGCUGCACGUCCUGCUCUCCGGCAGGCUGCCCUUCCUGGGAUCUGGAGUGCGGUUGCAGCAAUCGAUAGCCCGCGGCCGGUUAUCGUUUGAGGCGCCCGAGUGGAAGUCCAUCUCGGCAAAUGCCAAGGAUCUAGUCAUGAAAAUGCUGGCCGCCAAUCCACAUCACAGGCUCUCCAUUACCGAGGUGCUCGAUCAUCCCUGGAUACGGGAUCGGGACAAACUGCAGCGCACCCACCUGGCGGACACGGUGGAGGAAUUGAAGCGCUACAACGCCCGGCGUAAGCUCAAGGGCGCCGUGCAGGCCAUAGCAGGAGGCACCAACAUGGAUCCCCUUUACGCCACUGAUGCUGACAUGCCCAUUGCCGCAGCCACAGAAGAGUGGGCCGACGAGGAGGCUGGCAUAGAGGCAGUGCAGCGCAUCCUGGACUGCUUGGACGACAUAUAUUCGCUGCAGGACGCCCAUGUGGACGCCGACGUGCUGAGGGACAUGCUGCGCGACAGUCGGCUGCACCAGUUUUUGCAACUGUUCGACAGGAUCGCCGCCUCCGUGGUGACCAGCAACGGCAGGGCGCCGGCUGCCGAGGCCGUGGGUCGCAGUCGCGAUGUCCUGGAGCUGCUCUCAUCGACCGCCGGCGGCAACUCGCUGGCUGGCAAGUAUGCCAAGGACGAGCUGCUCCAGCUCCUGGCCGCCCCCCAUAUGCAGGCACUGCUCCAUAGCCACGAUGUGGUGGCACGGGACGUUUACGGGGAGGAGGCGCUGCGCGUCACCCCGCCCCCGAUGGUGCCGUACCUCAACGGGGACGAGCUGGACAACGUGGAGGGCGGGGAACUGCAGCAUGUGACCCGGGUGCGGUUGGUGCAGUUCCAGAAGAACACGGACGAGCCAAUGGGCAUCACGCUGAAGAUGACCGAGGACGGGCGGUGCAUUGUGGCCAGGAUUAUGCACGGCGGGAUGAUUCAUCGCCAGGCCACGCUCCACGUGGGCGACGAGAUUCGGGAGAUCAACGGCCAGCCGGUGCAGCACCAGUCGGUGGGGCAAUUGCAACGAAUGCUGCGCGAGGCACGCGGUUCUGUUACCUUCAAGAUAGUUCCUUCGUACCGCAGCGCUCCGCCCCCCUGCGAGCUUUUCAGGAUCAGACCCGCUCCGGUGCUUAUUUUCGUGCGCGCACAAUUCGAUUAUAAUCCGCUGGAUGAUGAGCUUAUACCCUGUGCCCAGGCGGGCAUAUCGUUCCAAGUGGGCGACAUACUGCAGAUCAUUAGCAAGGACGAUCAUCACUGGUGGCAGGCGCGACUGGACACGGUGGGCGGAUCCGCAGGACUGAUACCGUCGCCGGAGCUGCAGGAGUGGCGGAUCGCCUGCCAGACGGUCGACAAGACCAAGCAGGAGCAGGGAGAGCCGGGUGCUGGAUGUUCCGCUCACGCAGAUGGGUGUGAUGGAUCAGCAGUUAACUGCUCCAUCUUCGGGCGCAAGAAGAAGCAGUGCCGGGACAAGUAUCUGGCCAAGCACAAUGCCAUCUUCGACACGCUCGACGUGGUCACGUACGAAGAGGUUGUCAAGGUGCCAGUCGGAGAUCCGAACUUCCAGCGAAAGACAUUGGUGCUAUUGGGUGCCCAUGGAGUGGGCAGGCGGCACAUCAAGAACACCUUGAUUUCCAAGUACCCGGACAAGUACGCCUAUCCCAUUCCACAUACAACGAGACCUGCUAAGCCCGAGGAGGAGAAUGGACGCAGCUAUUACUUUGUUUCGCACGACGAGAUGAUGGCCGAUAUUGGAGCGAAUGAGUACUUGGAAUACGGCACCCACGAGGAUGCCAUGUACGGCACCAAGCUGGACACCAUCCGGCGCAUCCACACUGAGGGAAAGAUGGCCAUAUUGGAUGUCGAGCCGCAGGCGCUGAAGAUUCUCCGCACCGCGGAGUUCACCCCUUACGUCGUCUUCAUAGCCGCACCUUCGCUGCAGAACAUAGCAGAUUACGAUGGCAGCCUGGAGCGGUUGGCCAAGGAGUCGGACAUGCUGCGGCAGUUGUACGGCCAUUUCUUCGACCUGACCAUUGUGAACAACGACAUCAGCGAGACGAUUGCGACUCUGGAGACGGCCAUCGAAAGGGUGCACACCACCCCGCAGUGGGUGCCAGUGUCCUGGCUCUACUGACAAGACAGCGAGCUUGAAUGCCCCGACUGCCUCGAGGGCUGUGACUGCGAGUGGGACGCUUACACGCAGGCCUCCAAUGUGGCGCUCUACUGAGGCACAAACGCACCACAUCACCAAAAGACACACUAGGACACCACAGCGCACCACACCACACACCACGACACCGUGAAGUAUUACCAAGGCACAAACAACAGCAACAGAUGCAACAUGCAACAGCAACCACUACAAGAUGACAGUGAGGAUAGGAGGCGCCUGGCGCCGAGCUAUAUAAUUUAAGUAUGGAAGGGUAUUAUGGGAACUGCGGUCGCAACGCAAGACACAAAGGUGUUGAUUGUCAAACAACCAAUUGUAUUUGCCUCUAUAUGGUUUACGUUUAAUUGUAAUAAUUUAAAAGUGUUUAAGGUCUUUGCCAUCCCCGAUAGGGUAGGAGAUUUGAGAGCUUCUCCCUAUUGGGGCUGGCACAGAUUGUAUUGCCAAUUGUAUUGCCAUUCCAAGAGGCCUUAGAAGGCCUCCGUUCAUUGUGUUAUUUUACCACUAUUAUAUUGUUUUGUUGUAUUUAUGUUUUAAUUGACAUUUAGUCAGAACAGCAUUAAACGCUUAUGUAAAUCUUGCA